AUGUUAGCUUCGUCUCCGUCUCCUUCCUCCACAGCACUGCGCUCAGGAGCCGUGCCUCACCGUUAUGAGCACUCCACUCCACAAUUCAAUAGUCCCAGAUCCUCUCGUCUGGCCAUUGAGGAGCUUCGGUCAGCCUUGAAUCGACACACUGUCGAUCCUGCCUCCCCUGCCUCUCCAAACCUCCGGAGGCGCGCUUCUGCGUCUACGUCUGCAACCGCAGCCGCCAGCUACAAUCCGGCCCCCAGUACUCACCCGGUAUCCUCGCAACACCCAUCCGUCACCCCCUCCGCUAUUUCCACCGCCACUCCUUUAGGCUCAAUCCCCACUCCCACCACGGCCUCCGCCGCAAACCCUGCCGAUCCACCAUCCGCCGCUUCACCUUCCUCAAUGCCCGCCCCGGACGCCUCGGGGUCCAACAAGCGCAACAGCCGGAGCGACGACCAUCCUGCAGAGGCCAAUUCCGCCGAUCAAGGCGAGAAGGAUGUUGAGACGUCGCAAACCAAGCGCCUGCGCCCCGCUCAACCGGAAGUCAAGGUUCUGCCCGAACAAUACGAAUUGGCCGAUACGCGAGACCUGGUGCUCCUGAUCUCCAGCAUGCUUAUGGAGCUGAUCCGUUUCAACGACAAAAUCCCUCUGAAUCAGAGUCGGCUAACCCGCUUCCAUUCCCGAUCACCACCUCGGAUCUCCGUGCAGGAUUACCUGCAGCGCUUAACCACCCACGCCACCCUCUCGCCCCCAAUCCUCCUGAGCAUGGUUUUCUACAUCGAUCGCCUCUGCGCCCUGUACCCUGCAUUUACGGUCUCGAGCUUGACGAUCCACCGUUUCCUCAUUGUGAGUGCGACUGUAGCCAGCAAAGGAUUAAGCGACAGCUUCUGGACGAACAAGACAUAUGCUCGCGUUGGGGGUAUCAGCAUGGCGGAGUUGGCCAUGCUAGAGAUGGAGUUUCUAUUCCGCGUUCAGUGGCGGAUUGUACCUGAACCGGAGGUGUUAGUCGAUUACUAUCGGAGCCUUGUUGAACGAUGCGACAACUUUGAAAUUGCGCGCUCGUCAAGUGUUCCUACGACGAACCCUACGCCAGCCGCAACAACACCGGCGGCAUAA